AUGGCGACGACGCCCAGUUUAGCCUCCUCCGUGGACGUGAUGCGGGCGCAGUUGAAAGGCGUUUGCGCCGAGCCUGGCGCCUUGGUGUCCCUGCGCGAUGCUCCGGCGUUUGAAAUGGUGAUGCGCCUCAACCAGCGCCACAGGGGGAAGUUGAUUGCUGCUCUCCUGACAAGUGGCGGCAUUCCCGGAGCGGCGAAGCCCGACGACGCCGAGCAGGGGGCCUUGAAGGAGGAUAAUUUUGGCACCGUUGCCUCCGCGCACGGCUCGGAGUAUAGCCGCCUAGUUUUUGUGCCCACGGCGUAUGAAACUUUUCUCGAAGAUGAAAUGCAGAAGUGGUUGGAUCCCUUUUACGGCCGUACGGAGGCUGCCGCCUCCAAGCGCGCCCGCGAUGAGCGGGAGAGCUCCAGUAGUGACGACGAGGACUUUAUGGGUGACAGAGUGGACGACGAUUAUUCAUCGUCCGACUAA